CUUUUCUUACUUUUUAUUGAGAGACAAAUGCAAAAAUGCACAAAUAAUAAGAACUUUGGUAUGCCCUACUGGGAAUGGGAAAAGGAUUCAGAAUGCUCCAUCUGCACCAACAAAUACUUAGGAUCCAAUGGCUUCGAUGGAAAAAUCGAUAGUUUGUCGGUAUUCUCUGAAUGGAGGCAAAUUUGUACAAUCACUUAUCCUCAAACGAUAUGCGUAAUGGAGGAUUGUGUUUGUCAACGCCCGAGGAUUGUUCGCCUAGCAGGCUUAUCAGACAUUGUAAAGCCAGAUGUGAAUGAUGUAAACUACUGCAUGACCAUGACAAACCUUGACACGGCACCUUAUGAUACAAGCUCAGUAAAUAGCUAUAGGAAUUGCUUAGAAGACAUACACAACAGCAUGCAUGUUUACCUUGGUGGAUCAAUGAUCCUAGUUCCCAUUGCUGCCAAUGACCCAUUGUUUUGUUGUCACCAUGCAAAUGUAGACAGGCUUUCAACUUUCUACUAUGCAAAGUAUAACAUCACACCAUCGUCCUAUCCAACAGGCAACACUAGAUAUGGGCACAGAUCUUUCGACUACCCUAACGCAUUCCUUACCACCUGGACGAACAGUAUGUUGACGAGUCCAGCUAGCACAACAGGAACCAUAUACGUAUGA